UCUAAUAUUUUUUUUUAAAUUAUUUUGACUUUAAUUUAAGCCUCGUGUCGUUGUAUCACAAAGUAGUUCGCCUACAUCUCUUUAGAAUCGUUUCAUUUUCACAACAAUGUGCUUCGCACUUCCUCUUCUUCCCUCCGUGAGCCGGUUCAUGUGUUUGUGGAUAUCUUUCGAUUCCGUUUUUACUUCACACUUUGCAUUCAUGCUGUGGGAUGACAAGUGACCAACAAGUUCAUGCAUAAUUUCUUUGACCUUUAAUCGUUGACAUCAGCAUAUUUUAUUAGCCUUUAUUUCUGUUGGAGUAGAGAGAUGGGGACGGUCAUUGAUGACAUCAGACAGCUAUUAAAAGACUGUGAGCUGUUUGUUUUUGAGAUACUUCAUGAUGAGAAUCUCAGUAAUCCUGCUCAAGAGGCCAGGGAAAUUCUCCUACGAAAUUUUCAUAUCAUCCAAAAGAGAUACCCACAAGAAUUCCCCCACAGAUUUGAAUCCAAUCUUGAGGAUAGUUCAGAUGACAACCGCAGCUCCAGUCUGGGACGCUCUGCCCCCUCAGAUGAUAUGUCAGUGGCCUCUGACUACCAGGAGGAAGGUGCUUCUGAACUUUUUGAAGAGAUCCCUCUGGUGGCUCCACAGGACCUGAGUAACAUUCUAAAGCAAGGCUACCUGGAGAAGAAAAGACGAGAUCACAGUUUCUUCAGCAUAGAAUGGCAAAAGCGAUGGUGUGUUCUGAACAACACAAUAUUUUAUUACUUCGGGAGUGAGAAAGACAAGCAGCAGAAGGGCUCAUUUUAUAUCAACGGCUACAGUGCAGAGCUAGUGCCCAGCUUACGCAAGGACUCCAAGAAGAAUUCAUGCUUCGAGAUGACUGCUCCUGGAAGACGUUCUUACCAGUUUACUGCCAGCAGUCCCCGUGAGGCCAGGGAAUGGGUGGACCAGAUCAAUUUUGUUCUUAAGGAUCUGAGCUCUAACUUCAUUCCCUUUGACGAUGAUGAGGAAGAGGAGGCAGAAGAAGAGGAAGAGACAUAUGAUGACAUUGAACGAGCUACCACACCACCACGUCCUGGGCCAGCAUCUGCUCCAGUUCCAAACCCGAGUCUGGGUCAAACUUCCCAAAACAGCAGCAAGGAAUGGAAAGACCAAGCAGGGACUCAGGAAGAUGAAGAAGAGGAUGAAGAGGACGAAGAGGACAUUUAUGAAGUGCUUCCAGAGGAUGAAAAUACUGACAAUGAUGAAGAGUGGGAUGAAAAGCCUGGUUCUUCAGAUUAUGCAAAUUAUUACCAAGGCUUGUGGGACUGCGAAGCUGAUAAACCUGAUGAGUUGGCCUUCCAGAGAGGAGAUCUCAUCUACAUCCUCAGCAAGAUGGCUGGAUGAGUGAAUCCCUGUGCAGCACUGAGCGUAUGGAGCUGAUGCUUUACGAUGUGAGUUAAGGAAAGAGAAGCAGGAGAGGAAAAGUGGAGGAGGGGGUUGUAGCACCCGAGUGCCGGGUUCAGCGGCGGGGCAAUGAGAGACUUCCUGCGCUCCAUCACUCCCAAGGCCUACCUCAGUCAGCUGGUGGCCAGCAGCAGAGGCCUCAUGUCUCAUUCUUAUUACCAUGUCUACUGCCUCCAUGGUGUGUGUGCGUUUCUACUCGUAACUGGAAAAAAAUGAAUGCACAGGGGCACCGAGGGAGAGUUUGCAAAGAAGGGAAAUGAUUAAAACACGAUUGAGGAAGGAGGCGUGGAUGCAAAGUGUCAUCUUAGAGGGAAAUUUAUAGAGGGGAGAGGAAGAAAAGGUUGAUUGGUAUUCUGUUGCUAUUAUAGAUAUGAGUCACUUUUGAUCCUGUCAUGAUAUUGUUCAAGUUAAGCCACUCCUUUUUAAGGCAUCAUUAGCUGUCAAUCUGUCCCCUAGUUGCUGGAGAGCAAUAGGCCCAUUUGAAUACCAUUGCCAGCCGCCCCCCUGAGUGAGAAAUAAAUGAUAUCAGUGGCACACUGCAGGUGUUGUCAUGGCAACACAGACUCCCGAAAGCUCCCUGUGCCAACUCCGCCUUCCUCGGAAGAAGGUCAUGCGGAGGUCAGCGCCAUCGCAGCAAUGCACUUCACUUUCACAGCAGCUGCCCACCAGACCUAGACCAAACUGAGAUGGACCUGACCCUGUCCUGUUACAGAGAAGCUUCCCGAAAAGCCACCCAUUAUCCCUGUCCCACACAGUUCUUUCGGGUAAAUCUCUAUAACAUCUUUUUCUACAGUCAGGCGCAGAUUGGAUGUCUCCCAAAUGCCUCUAGCUGACAGAUGCAUCGUCGAAAAGCAGUUUGCUAAUACUGGGAGGCAGGAAAAAUGAGGCAGCAAUGAAAACGACACGAGUCAUCGAAAUGGGACGGACUGCAAUGGAAUGUAUUGACUCUCUUUCUUUUACUGUGUGUGUACUCUGUUUGAACCCACAUGUACACCAUCUUGGGGAGGAUGGGGGUGAGGAAGGUGGGGCGGAGGAGGCGAAUUGAAUGGGUGGAGGUGCAGCAUGUUCAAAAUGGCUU